AAGGGACGUUACUUGUUUGAACGGUGCGGGCCGGGUAGCAGCAGCUGGUCGCCCGCACCGCGCAGGCGCCUUCCACCUUACACGUGAUAAAACGGGACGUAAACAAAUAGUAGAAGGCAUGUCUGGAAGCAGCAGUGGUUCCAGCACCAGCAGCAGCCCCCAAAAGCGUGUGUACUUGGAUUUCAAUGCCACCACACCACUGGCUCCAGAGGUGAUCCAGGCAGUAGAGCAGAGUAUGCAUGAAGCCUGGGGUAAUCCAAGCUCUGAUCAUGAGGAGGGGGCAAGAGCUAGAGCUGUCAUCAAUCAGGCACGGGAUGAUGUGGCCCGUAUGAUUGGGGCCAUGCCGCAAGAUGUGCUGUUCAUGUCUGGGGGGACUGAGGCCAAUAAUGUUGUUCUUCAUUGUGCUGUAACACACUUCCGGAAGUGGUGCCUCUCCCAAGACAGUCCCAUCUAUCAUCACCUGCGACCACACAUCAUCACCACCAAGGUGGAGCAUGAUGCUGUCAAACUACCCCUCACCCACAGAUAUGCCAUUGAAGCAGAUGUAACAUAUCUUGGAGUGGAGAACCUUCCUGAAGCAGUGCUAGAAUCCAUCCGGCCAUCUACUUGCCUCAUCACAGUCAUGUUGGCUAAUAAUGAGACUGGCAUCAUGUUUUCUGUGGCCCACAUUGGCAGGUUAUUAGCAGAGGUUAAUAAGAAGAGAGAAAAUGAGGGCUUGUUCAAAGUCCUCCUACAUACAGAUGCUGCACAAGCCAUUGGGAAAGUUCCUGUUGAUGUCACAGAUCUCAACAUUGACUACUUAACAAUAGUGGGACACAAGUACUAUGGUCCUCGGAUUGGUGCUCUUUACAUCCGUGGGCUUGGACACAAGACCCCAGUUUAUCCCCUCUUCUAUGGAGGAGGGCAAGAACGGGGUUACCGGCCUGGCACAGAGAACACCCCCAUGAUUGCUGGGUUGGGACGUGCAUCACUCUUGGUUCACAACAAUGUUCAAGACUACUAUACAUCUAUGAAGAAGACAAGAAACUACAUGGAAAGACAGUUAAAGAAAGUGUUUGGCAACCAAGUCAAAAUCAACUGUGUUGAUCCAUGUAUACCAAUGGACCCAGAAGCUUGUUCAGUGCCUCCCCGUGGUCCCAAGCAGCAGCACUUUAUCUUUCCACGUCUCCCAAACACGUCCUCUGUCUCCUUCUACUACAGACAGGUUUCAGGACCUGAGAUUUUAAGGCAUUGCAGACUGGUGCAGGCCAGCUGUGGAGCUGCUUGCCAUGCUCAUACAGAAAACCAGAGUAUCCUAGAGGCAUCUGGUGUGUGCUCCUUCCAUGCCUCUCGUACCAUCCGCCUCAGCUUAGGCCGAGACACCACCAUGGAGGAAAUAGACCUGGCCAUCCAAGAUGUCAAACAGGCUAUUGAAAAACUGAUUGGACGAGGCUGUUUUUCUGACUUCAGGUCUUCUAAAACCAUCUAAGGAUGUUAUAUUGUAAAGCUAAGUACACCCCAUAUGCACAUAAUAAACCUUUCACUUGCUUAUGUAACUUCUCUUGCUGCUUAAUCUUAAUUUUUCUAUAAAGAAAACAAAAUCAUUAGUUAUGUGAUCUAAACCUCUCAUGCACAUUAAUAAAGUUCCUGUUUCAAACCAAUAAUAACCUUGCAGAACUUAACAAUCUUGUAUUGCAAGGCAGAUUAACAAUCUAUUUAAUGUUCCUUUUGCAGUCAAUCAUGUCAAAAAUUAAAUACCCAUUGAUCAGUAUUAAAGAGAAAGAAAAAUAAAUAAAUCAAUCAAGAUAAAAGUUUUGGAUGUGAAUGAUAAAUAAUACAAUCACACUGAAACUACAAACUUGAUAAACCAUCAUCAAAUAAUGUGGUCAGGAAAGUAUCAAAUGUGUCCUUUGUCAAGAAGUUUCUAGAACUGUGAUGUCUUUGACCUCUUGGCUAGGAACCUCAUCCUAUACCUAACUAUAUGGAGCCCUGGAUACACACAGGGAUUCCACUUAUAGGGACACCAUUCAAUUCUCAAAUAAAUCCCACAAAUUUCUUUUUGACUUAUGAUAAUCCCCUAUAACAAUGGCACAAAAUUCAUAAUAGUUAUUGAUUCAUAUGUUCAACCCAUACUUAAUAGUUACAUGUACUAGAUAAGUAAGGCAAAGCAUAAGAGUAGACAGUUACACCAAACAUCUUGUGUUCUUUGGUCAGUAAAAGAAGAUACACAUAAAACCAUUGGCAUUUAUGAACACAAAUAAAAGAAAUGUUCCACCACUUAGCUACAAGAAAGUAAUUUAUAACUACAAGGGCAAAGUCAAAAAGUAUCUCAUAGGAUGAGCUCACACAAGCACUACAGGCCUAAACAUUUAUUGUAUGUAGUUAAUGUUUUGCCUCAAUGAAAUCUGAAAGUAGUAUUUAAAUUGUAGUGUUAAUGAAAAACAUUCUUGGAUAUAUACCUUUAAGCUUGUGUGUGUGUGUGUGUGUGUGUGUGUGUGUGUGUGUGUGUGUGUGUGUGUGUGUGUGUGUGUGUGUGUGUGUGUGGACACUUUCAUAUGUACAUAUGAAAGUGUCAUAUGUACAUAUAUUGCCCUCCAAAGAGUUCACCUAGGGUAGGAAAAGAGGGAGCAUUUGUCACUGAUAUCCCCAGUCUACAGGAGGCUGGUGCCAAGGUGGAUCAAUUCUAAAACAGGACAAAGAUCUUUGAAGACUGAUCUUCGAAAGCCUUCUAGAGUGACAAAAUUAUAGAAAAAUGUGUUUCAUUUUCCCUUCCCUUAUUCCAUGUGCUCCUUGGCUGAUUUUAAUUUCAUGUAAAUGUGAAUGAUCAAUUUAGAUUAUUCACACACAACAAAUCAAGUAAAUGAAGAGAAAAUAUUAUUGAUAAUCUAUGAUAACCAAACAUGUUUCCCAUUAUAAAACUGGUGUGUGUGUGUGUGUGUUGGAGGUACCCAGACUCAAGAAUGUGAGUACAGUGAAAAUGAGAAGAUAUUGGGAAAAUAAGGUUGUGUAGUGAACUGAAAAUAUUAUGAAAGAAAGAAAAAAAAAUAGUCUUACCUCUGAAAAAUAUAUAAAAAAAAUUUACAAAAGACAUGAACAAAAGGCUAGUGAGGAGUAAUUUUCUUUAGGAUGUAUUUCCCUGUGUUGUCACAUAUUCUUAAACACACACACACACACACACACACACACACACACACACACACACACACACACACACACACACACAGAGCAAAAACAAA